ACACACUAGCUGUAUAAAGUGGUAAUCUGACUACAACAGGUUCCAGUGCAAACGGUUGUAAUUAGGAAACUAAUUCUUAGUCCUCAGGUUUCAGAUGUUAAUGCCGUUAUGUACACUGAAGUGAAACGUGUUCACUGUAAUCUUUCUAAAUUCUUUCAGCUGGCAGAACUAAACAUACACAGCAGCAUUUGUGUUUUCUGCCCAGGAGGAUCGUGCGGUUGUUUCACCAGUUCACUUGAGAAAAGUGUCUAUUAAAUUAAUUCAUUCAUAUUUAUAUAAUAUACAGUUCUAAGUGAGCCUAUGAUGAGUCAAUUGAGUUUGAAUUUAGUUUAUUCAUUGACAGAAUAGGAUAUUGUUGUGGAUAAACAACUCUGAUACUCAUUUCCUUUAUUUUGACACUUGACAAAAUGUCACACUGGAUACGAACACAUAUUUGUUAUAAUAUAGAAAUAUGUUUGAAUUCACAAUGAACUACAAUAUUUCGAACAACACACGAAUGUCUGUAGUUUAUUUCGCUCUUUACCGCCACCUCGUGUUUUAAACGAGUAUUCACUCUGCUAUCUAUCGCCAUCUGCUUUUUUUGCUUUAAUCAUAGGCAUUAUAGACCAAGCAGACAGUAAGGAUUAUCACAUUAGGUAACCACUAUACCCAGGCAUGUGAGUAAAGCCGAUGCAAUAGAAAAGAUAAUAUGGCUGAAAAAAAAUCGUUCAUAUUAUCAUCAAUUUAAUGCACCAUAAACACUGAGAUUUAUACUCAAGUCCUGCUUUUGCUCAUUAUUGAAUUAACUGCAGUUUUGAUCUAUUGGUAUGUCAAGUCAAAGGUCAAACUAACAACACUGAUCUUUUGCAUGUAUAAAAUAACCUAUAGUGUGCUGGGUUUCUAUUUCUAUGUCUGUAAUAACAUUUUUAAUUUAAAUAAUAAUCUUCAAAAAGACACAUCACAAAAGAUUCAAGAUUUCCCAGACACUAUAUGAUUUACUCGGUAUGUCAUGUGAAAAUAGAGCAAAACAAAGACAUUCACCAAUAAGAUGCUGUGAAUUCACAAACUGUUGUCCAAUCCCAGGUCUAAAAUUAACCCUCCAAUCAAAAAAAGAAAUGUCUGGUCUGUAUAUAUACAAAAGACAAGCACACAGCCUAUGGGCUUCCAGGAAGGAAUAAUCGUGUAAGUGAAAAUACCCCAAGUCCUUCCUCUAAUCUGCUCUAUCCCUUUUAUCUGGGGAUUCGAAGCAGAGCGAGCAGAAAGUGUUUGAGAGCCACAGAGAUGCUGCAUAUGCUGCGUGAUUAACAUCCUCAAACCCAUCCGGACGCUAGCUAUAACAGAAGAUGUGCGCUCUGGGCUUCUGGACUUUUUUUGCGUCUGGCCGCAUGUUUCGGGUUUUUGCGCUGCUGCUGUUCUGCUUUCCGUUGCUUUGCAGCACUUGUCCUGCUCAAUGCAGCUGCUUCUACCACAAACUGAGUGACGGAUCGAAGUCAAGGAGCGUCUUGUGCAACGAUCCCGACCUCGCCGCCAUCCCAAACAGCUUUCCCUCGGACACUUCCAAACUCCGCAUCGAGAAAACGUCCAUCAGCCACGUCGCCAGCGAAUCCUUUCAUUACCUCAGCAGUCUGGAGUACCUCUGGAUAUCCUUCAACUCGCUCUCCUCCCUCAGCGCAGAGAGCUUCCGAGGACUUUACACCUUGGAUGAAUUACGAAUGGAUGGGAAUGUUCUCACUUCUUUUCCGUGGGAAUGUUUGAUGGACAUGCCGAACCUUCGGCUCCUGGAUUUGCACAACAACAAAAUCAGUAGCAUCCCCGCUGAAGCAACCAUCUACAUCAGAAACUUGACCUACCUGGAUCUGUCCAGCAACAGUCUGAGCACCGUUCCAGCUGAAGUUCUUACUUCAUGGUUCUCUCUGAAACCUCCUCAGGAUUCAGAGAAUUCCAAAAUGAUACUGGGUCUGCAUGACAAUCCCUGGCAGUGCGACUGUCGUCUCUUUGACUUGGUGCAGUUCCAAAAGUUACCUUCCUCGUCAGUGGCGUUCAUUGAUUCUCGUCUACGCUGUGCCGAGCCGGAAAGUCUGUCGGGAGUGCUCUUCUCUGACACCGAGCUCCGUAAGUGUCAGGCUCCCCGCGUUCACACAGCCGUGGCGAGGGUCCGCAGCUCCAUAGGAAACAAUGUCCUGCUCCGCUGUGGGACUAUCGGUGUCCCCGUCCCCGAGCUGUCCUGGAGCCGUGCGGACCGCAAGCCCAUGAACGCCUCCGUUCAGCAGGAAAUCUCUAAAGAGGGCAUCAUCUGGUCCAUUCUCAGCGUUCCUGCUGUGUCAUACAGGGAUUCAGGCAAAUACGUUUGCAGAGCUACUAACUUUGUCGGAAGUGCAGAUGCCAUUAUCUCACUUGUCAUUUCUGAUACGUGGCAAAUCGACGAAGCUGUCGCCAAGAAAAGUCACGGGAAGAAGAAUGCUGGCUUCGGCCGAGCGGCGUAUCAAGAAAAGCUCAUCGCCAGGUACGUGCCUCCGGCCACAUCCGCCGCGGUGCCCAUCAUCGAGCCCCUGAACAGACCCAAAGCCACGGCCUCCAUCCAGAUCGAAAGCUACAGCAUUUCUGAAGGCGUUUCCAGAGCAAAGGGCACGGCGCCGCCUGCAGUGGUCUCCGGAGCGGUCAGCAGAGCGCCAGAGCUUCAGAAGGACGUCUUGAGUAACUUGGAGGCGAAUGCGUCGUCUCUGCAGCAGGGCCCGGAGCGCAGAGUUGUUCGCUCAGUCAAAGUGAUCGGAGACACGGACCACACAGUGUCGCUGAACUGGCGGGCUCCCACUGCCUCCAACACCACGUCCUUCAGCGUUCUGUACGCCGUCUUCGGGGAGCGUGACAUGCGCCGCAUCAACGUCGGCCCGGGCAAGAACCGCAUCACCAUCGAAGGCCUGGUACCCAAAACUAAGUACAUCGCCUGCGUGUGCGUGAAGGGCCUCGUACCCAAGAAAGAGCAGUGUGUCAUCUUCUCCACGGACGAGGCGGCCAGCGCCAGCGGCACACAGAAGCUCAUUAACGUGGUGGUGAUCUCAGUGGCCUGCGUGAUCGCCGUUCCUCUGACGCUCAUCGUCUGCUGUGGAGCACUGAAGCGCAGGCUGCAGAAACUGAUGGGCCGGAAGUCCAAAGACAUUCAAGACUCGUACGUGACCUUUGAGACUCUGUCUCCUGGCAACAAAGCCAAAGGGCUGGAGGGGGAAUAUCUGAGUAGACUCAACCCAGACGAGUCCAACCGGCUGCUGUCGGCCCGCUCCAGCGUCGACUCGGAGGCCACAGCCAGAACCGAGGGCCAGCCCAACGAGUACUUCUGCUGACCGGCCUGCUUCAGAUGACUCUGUGCCUGACGCACUCUUGGCAUGGGCCGGAUUACACUUUCCAUGUGUUCGAAAGCUUCAGUACAUAUCAGCUUUGUUCUUUCUCAGCCCGUCAACGGUACAAGCCACCUUAGAGAAAGUCCGGUGUUCAAAAAAGGGAAAAUUGUCACACAAGAGUGAAAUAAUAAUGUUUGUAUUUUUUAUUUUUGUCAUGCACUUUUCCAAUGGUAUGUUUAUCAUUGAUUCAUUUAUCAUGCAUAUUCUGCAAUGGAAAGUCUCUGUCCAACACAUAAUACCCAUCUGUAUAAUAUAGAAGGCGAAGUGUUAUGUAAGCGUGGAGUGUUAUUUUUUGUUUGGACAAUAUGCAUGCUUAAUCAUUUUCCUUUUUACUUGUUCUUCUUUAUACUGUUAUCUUGUCACAGUGUACUGGGGCAACUGUUUUCCACUCUUAAACCUUAAAACUGUGCUUAUAAUCUGUCAUAUCAGGAAAAUGUUGAUGUCUGUACUUAUUAAACAUGUUUUAAAAUAUAACUGAAUAAAACCAU